AUGAGUGAUAGAAUCAAUCAAUUUACAGCUUAUCUAUCACUAAUCCAAAGCCAGGUUAGCAAAUUGCAACAAGACCUAAACUUAAAAGAAGAUUAUAUAUUAUAUCUUGAAAAAGAAAUCUUAAUUCGAGAUGAAGAACUGGACCCAUUACGGACAGAAAUUUCUAACUUAAAAGAAGAUCUAAAAAAGGCACUCCAAAGGUCUGAAAGCCAAGAAAACUAUAUAGGCUAUCUGGAAAAACAACAGUAUUUCCAAAGCCCACUAACAAUAGCACCUACAAUAAAUGGUAUUGUAGACAAUCUUAAUAUAAUUUUUGAUGCUGGAAACAGGUUUGAAGGAUUAGUUCUACAAAUAUAUCCACAGGUGAAUGCUCGCGCAAUUUAUUUAGAAAAUCAGAUAGCAAACUUACGAACCCAGUUAGGCGCACUUCAAAAUGACUAUGAUCUUCUUAAUCAAGCCUAUAGAGCCCACAAGCUUAAUCAUCACUUACUGAAAGCAACUUGCAUAGAUAAAAAGAAGCGCAUAUCAGAAUUACUUCAAGAAAAAUUUGCGUUGCGUCUUGUAAACAAAUGGACUCAGAAGCUUUUGCAAGAUUGCAGAACAAAAAACCAAUCUCAAUAUAAAAAAGCAUUAGAUCAUUUAGACUUUAUUGCGCAAAGAUUAGAAUACCCGGAUGAUGCAUCUCGUGACCCUGAUGCUCUGGACAAUUUCAUUGAAAAAGAAUUAUAUAACAGAUUAGGCUAUAUGAAUUUUAAUAUACAAUCAAAAAAAUUAUACGCCACAAAAAAGCCUACAAAGACCAAGAAAAAAACUGUUACAAGAUAUUGUUCUAUGUGCGGAAAAGCUGGGCAUACAAAAACGAAUUGCCCCAAAGUCUGCAGAGCAGGACACUCCGUAUCUAAAAAAGCUAAACAGAUCAAUAAUAUUUCUCAAUAUGGAUAUAUUAGCCAAAGCCAAUCGAAAGAUGAAAUUGAAUACGAUCAAGAAGAAACUAGCCAAACAGAAAGUGACCAAGAAAAUAGCGAGAUUGAAUCUCAAGAAACUAAUUGCUUUAAUUUAAAAAAAAAAAUAUUUUUAGAAUCGGUUAAAUAUAUAAUAACAAGAUAUAUUCCCCAAUGCCCUAAAGAAGUUUUAACAGAAAUAUAUACAGAUCUUAGUAAAUUGUUUCCUGAAAUGAAAGACUCAUAUUAUUCAUAUCAUUUAAAAAACUAUACAAAAAAAGAAGUAGACAAGGUCUGGGAAAAUAUAAUAAAAAAGUAUCAAGUUAUUUUAGAACCAUUAUUCCAAGCAUGCUCUAGUUCUUCUCACGAGCUCGAGAAGGUAGAGGGGUCUUCCUCUUUAAAUUACGCUAUAAAACAAUAUCAAGAAGCUCAAUUAUAUCGAAAUUGGUUUGACCCAUUAAAAAUAAACUUUUUGCAAAUAAAAGAACCCAAUAAUUAUGCUACUAUUUUAUGUAAAGUAUAUGAUUUAGAAAUACUCCAUGCAUUACUCGAUACAGGUUCAGAUGGGUCACAUAUUUCUGAAAAUAUCACAAACCAUUUUAUAAAAUAUUUUGGGUUAAAAUUAGAUAGAAAAAAGAUUUAUAGACUAACAGGUGCUGUAGGCAAAAAACAAUCUAUUGGAAGCUUUUCUGAUAUACCUGUUACUAUAGGUAUUGAAAAGGAUACCUUAAUAAUUUCAGAUGAGUUUUCAGUUUUACCAACAGAAAAAGAUAAUAAUG